AUCCGCGGAGAUUGCGUUGCUGGGGCAGUUGCACGAAAUGUCAACAACUGGUUAAUUUUUGUGGUUUUUCUUGCAAUUUUCUCCUUUUAAUUUUCGUGUGGCAAUUGGGGCGAUAAGGAAAAGUUGAUAGUGGCGUAGAUUGCCCUCGAGUGGAUGAGUGUGUAAGAAUUGUGGGUGGUGGAAAGCAUCGUGUGAAAAUUGUUUCGAGAGAAGAAUUAUGUUGGAGCAGCAGUGAGUGUGAAAAAGUUUUUAUUUUUGCGUGCGUGAUUCGUGAGAAUGGCUGAGGAUUAUUCAGCGCAAAAUAACUCUAAUCACAGCGAUGAUUCAGACAAUGACUACAUUAUUAACUCCUCCGCCCCGGAACUCAAGGGCUACCUCUCCAAAUGGACCAACUACAUCCACGGCUGGCAGCCACGGUUCAUCGUUCUCAAAGAUGGUACGCUGUCGUACUACAAAAGUGAGCAGGAAAGUGACUUUGGCUGCCGCGGGGCGAUCAGCCUCCAGAAGGCCACAAUCAAGUCUCACGAGUUUGAUGAGUGUCGUUUUGAUGUCUCCAUCAGCAAUUGCGUGUGGUACUUGCGGGCUGAGACGCCAGAGGAUAAGACGCACUGGAUUGAGGUGCUGCAAUCCUACAAAACGGAGACAAACAGCGAUAUUUCCCUGAGACGCCACGGAAGCUCUGUCUCCCUGCAAUCCACAACAUUGUCCACGGCCAGCGGGAGUAGCCUCAAGAGGGCAAAUAGGAGCCUCCGGGAGAAGCUUCAUGAAAUUGAGACCUUCAAAGAUAUUCUCUAUGGGCAAAUUGAGACCCUUCAAAGAUAUUUCGAUGCUUGUGCCGAAAUAAAUGGGCAAAAGGACGGGCAACCAUUGGAGAUGGUCGAUGGGUUGCGUCCGAUUGAUUUUAAGGGUGAAGCCAUAACAUUCCGAGCCACAACUUCCGGUGUUCUCACCACACUCCAGCAUUGUUUGGAAGUUAUUGCGCAGCGUGAUGAUAGUUGGCGAAGGAAGCUCGAUCGGGAGAUUGAGAAGAGGAAGAAAUUGGAAGAUCUCUACAGACAAGUGAAACAGAGGCUGGAAAGUGUGAGAAAUUCAUCCCUUCCUGGCCCUGAUUUGGAGGAAGGUCCACACUCAACACUGCCUGAGGAUGAAUUCUUCGAUGCAGUGGAAUCGGGGCUGGAUAAGAUGGAGGAGGACACACAGCUGCGUGUCCGGCUAAAGCUUCAGUCGCAACAAUCGCAGCUGAGUAGUCCUGAUGUUGUGCAUCCGGAAGAGGAUGUUGUUGCCGUGGCCGGGGAGGAAUUUGGGACAGGUGGUGUGGCACAGAAGCAUCGGCUGUGGCAGGAAAUUGAUCGGAUAUGCGUGAAUCAGCUGAGCCAUGCACGUCAGGGUGUUGGUGAGGGGGGCAAUGGGUGGCAGCUGUUUGCCGAUGAGGGCGAGAUGAAGAUGUACAGACGCGAGGAGGAGGUCAAUGGGAUGGUGAUUGAUCCCCUAAAGGCAUGCCAUGUCGUCCAAGGCGUCACAGCUCGCGAAAUGUGCCACUAUUUCUUCAGCCCGGAGUAUCGAAUGGAUUGGGAGACUACUCUGGAAAAUAUGACCAUCCUGGAGACAAUCUCGCCCGAUACUCUUGUCUUUCUGCAGACGCACAAACGCAUCUGGCCGGCUAGUCAGCGUGAUGCCCUCUUCUGGUCCCACAUGCGUCGUGUGGCGGAUGAUCUUGAGGAUCCGGACACCCAUGAUGCCUGGAUUGUUUGCAAUCAUUCCACAGAACAUGAAACCUAUCCGCCAGCAAAUACGGGAAAGUGUGUUCGUAUCUAUUUAACGGUGAUACUGUACUGUCAGACGUACAUCAGUGAGGCGGCGCGGGUGAAUGGAAAAAUCUCAAGGAAGGAUUUAUCGUGUAAAAUAACAUAUUGUUCCGUCGUGAAUCCCGGUGGUUGGGCACCAGCCACAGUGCUACGUGCUGUGUACAAAAAAGAAUAUCCAAAGUUCCUCAAACGCUACACUCAAUACGUUGUGGAUCAGUGCAAAAAUAAACCCAUUAUGUUCUGAAGAGGGGAUUGAUGAAGAUGAUGUGUGAGCAGCAGAGCAUCGAUUCAUGUAGCAUGAAGACGGCAGUUUGUGUGAGGAGGAGGAGUGAGGCGCCCAUUGAGGAAAUUGAGUGUGGCAAAAAAAAAUGAGAAAGAAGAAUACCUUUGAAUAAAAGAAAAAAAAGAACCUUCUUACAAAGAGAGGGGAGGUGGAAGAAGUAAAUGAAGAAGAAAAUAUUUUGAUCUGCCAUAGAAAAAAAAAUUUGAUGUUAGGAGUGCUGUCUCAGUUUUUUCUUUCCAUCACAGCGUGAGCAUUUUUUCCGGUACAUAACAAUGCAUGAACCAAUUUAUCUACUAAACUAAUAAGAUAGAGAGAGAGAGAUGUUUAUUAUGGAGAGAAACGUGACAGAGUGGCCAAUUUUUGAAGGUUCCAAAAAUGUUUGCAAAAUAAAGAAGAAAAAGAGUCCGAAGAGCA